AUGGAGGAACUGCCGACGGGCCACGACCCCCAGGGCCAGGUCAAGCAGCAGCAAGCCGCCGGCGUUGGUAUACUGCUUCAGAUUAUGAUGCUCGUCCUUUCGUUUGUUCUCGGCCAUGUCCUCCGCCGUCACCGGUUCCACUAUCUUCCUGAAGCUAGCGGUUCGCUUCUCAUCGGUUUAAUCGUCGGUAUACUUGCUAAUAUCUCCGACACUGAGACUAGUAUUAGGACGUGGUUUAAUUUCCACGAGGAGUUCUUCUUCUUGUUUCUGUUGCCUCCCAUCAUAUUAUAUCCUUUCUUCAUUAAUCUUCAACCUAAACCAUUCUUUUCUAACUUUGGAGCCAUUGUUACCUUUGCUAUCAUUGGAACUUUUGUCGCUUCAGUUGUGACUGGUGGUCUAGUUUAUCUUGGCGGCUCUAUGUAUCUCAUGUAUAAACUUCCAUUUGUUGAGUGCCUUAUGUUUGGUGCACUUAUAUCAGCUACGGACCCUGUCACUGUACUUUCUAUAUUUCAGGAACUGGGCACCGACGUCAACCUGUAUGCUUUGGUCUUUGGAGAAUCAGUUUUGAAUGAUGCUAUGGCAAUAUCUUUGUACAGAACAAUGUCCUUAGUAAACCGCCAAUCCUCGUCUGGGGAACAUUUUCUCAUGGUGGUGAUCAGGUUUCUUGAGACUUUUGCUGGCUCAAUGUCUGCAGAACACCUCUUUAAGUAUGCAGGAUUGGAUACGGAGAAUCUCCAGAACUUGGAGUGUUGUCUCUUUGUGCUGUUCCCGUAUUUUUCAUACAUGCUUGCAGAAGGUGUUGGUCUGUCCGGCAUUGUGUCUAUACUCUUCACAGGAAUUGUUAUGAAGCGUUACACUUUCUCAAAUCUCUCAGAAGCUUCUCAGAGUUUCGUAUCUGCCUUUUUUCACUUGAUAUCCUCGCUGGCAGAAACUUUCACGUUUAUUUACAUGGGAUUUGAUAUUGCCAUGGAGCAGCAUAGCUGGUCCCAUGUUGGGUUUAUCCUUUUCUCUAUUCUGUUUAUUGGCGUGGCUAGGGCUGUCAAUGUAUUUGGGUGUGCAUAUUUGGUCAAUCUAGUUAGACAGGAGCACCAGAAGAUACCUAUGAAGCACCAAAAAGCCCUUUGGUAUAGUGGACUUCGAGGGGCAAUGGCGUUUGCGCUUGCACUUCAAUCGCUUCAUGACUUACCCGAGGGCCACGGCCAAAUCAUAUUUACUGCAACCACAACCAUUGUUGUUGUCACAGUUUUACUAAUAGGAGGUUCGACAGGUAAAAUGUUGGAAGCUUUGGAAGUUGUAGGUGACGAUCUUGAUGACUCCAUGUCUGACGGCUUUGAAGAGAGCGAUACUCGGUACAUCCCUCCUCCAUUUAGCAUUGGAGCUUCAUCUGACGAGGAAACGUCAUCAUCAGGAAGCAGAUUCAAGAUGAAGCUGAAAGAGUUUCACAAAAGCACUACAUCAUUCACCGCGUUGGACAAGAAUUUUCUGACGCCGUUCUUCACAACUAACAGUGGAGAUGGAGAAGCAGAGUAG